UAUUAUAGUGGUUAAAGAAGUUACUCACAUGCUUUGUGAAUGGGGGAACAUAAUACUCAUAAUGUCUGACAAAUCAGCUUUGUGUAUUGGGGAGAAGGAUAUGGAAAGCAAGUUAGAUAUGCUCUUUAAGAAAAACCUUUAUAAUGUAGCUAUAAAUCUUGUUCAAAGUCAACAAGCUGAUGCUGCUGCAACUGCAGAGGUGUUAUGAAAGUAUGGGGACCAUCUAUAUAGCAAGCAAGACUAUGAUGAGGCUAUGUCCCAGUAUAUCCACACUAUUGGUCAUCUUGAACCCUCUUAUGUCAUACAGAAGUUUUUAGAUGCACAAAGAGUCUACGAUCUUAUGAACUACUUGGAGAAAUUACAUGAGAAGGGGCUUGCUUCUAAAGAUCAUACAACUCUUCUCUUAAACUGUUACACCAAAUUGAAAGAUGUGGAGAAGCUAAAUAUAUUCAUUAAAAGUGAGGAUGGUAUUGGGGAACAUAAGUUUGACGUCAAAACUGCAAUAAGGGUUUGCCGUGCUGCCAAUUAUCAUGAGCAUGCUAUGUAUGUUGCUAAGAAGGCCGGGAGGCACGAAUUGUACUUAAAGAUCUUACUUGAAGACCUUGGUAGAUAUGACGAAGCAUUGCAAUAUAUUUCAAGCCUUGAACCAAGUCAAGCAGGGGUAACAGUGAAGGAGUAUGGUAAGAUUCUUAUAGAGCACAAGCCAGUGGAGACUAUUGAGAUACUCAUGAGGCUUUGUACAGAGGAUAAAGAAUCAGUUAAGCAAGGAGCCUCCAGUGGUGCAUACUUAUCUAUGCUGCCAUCUCCUGUUGAUUUUCUCAACAUUUUCAUCCAUCACCCGCAGUCCCUUAUGGAUUUUCUUGAAAAAUAUACCGACAAGGUGAAAGACUCGCCUGCUCAAGUUGAAAUCCACAACACGGUGUUGGAGUUGUACUUGUCCAAUGACAUGAACUUUCCAUCAAUCUCACAGGCUAGCAACAAUGGAGAUCUUAAUCUUGGAGCAGCUGGAAUGUCAAGAGCUGAGCCCAAUGGGAAAUUUGCUGCUGAUCGCAAAGAUUCAGCUUAGGAAAAGGAUAGCCUGGAAAGGCGUGACAAGGGGCUAUGGUUGCUUAAAAGUGCAUGGCCAUCUGAGCUAGAACAUCCGCUUUAUGACGUUGAUUUAGCUAUUAUUCUGUGUGAAAUGAAUGCAUUUAAAGAAGGGCUGUUGUAUCUAUAUGAAAAGAUGAAACUCUAUAAAGAGGUGAUUGCUUGCUACAUGCAGGCACAUGAUCAUGAGGGAUUGAUUGCGUGCUGCAAAAGAUUGGGGGAUUCAGGUAAAGGAGGGGACCCAUCUCUUUGGGCAGAUCUGCUGAAGUAUUGGUGAACAUGGAGAAGAUUGCUCCAAAGAAGUGAAGGAAGUUUUGACCUAUAUUGAAAGGGAUGACAUCUUGCCUCCUAUUAUUGUUCUUCAAACGCUGUCCAGAAAUCCAUGCCUCACACUCUCUGUCAUUAAGGAUUAUAUUGCUCGAAAGCUUGAACAGGAAUCAAAGCUGAUCGAAGAGGACCGACGAUCUAUUGAGAAGUAUCAGGAAGACAGUUUGGCAAUGAGAAAAGACGUCGAGGAUCUGAGGACAAAUGCCAGAAUAUUUCAGCUUAGCAAGUGCAUUGCAUGCACUUUCACACUUGAUCUCCCUGCACUACACUUUAUGUGUAUGCACUCAUUCCAUCAGCGCUGCCUUGGUGAUAAUGAAAAGGAGUGUCCCGAGUGUGCUCCCGAAUAUAGGUCUGUUCUAGAAAUGAAGAGAAGCUUGGAGCAGAAUUCUAAAGACCAGGAUCAGUUCUUCCGGCAAGUGAAGAGUUCAAAGGAUGGGUUUUCUGUGAUUGCUGAGUAUUUUGGAAAAGGGAUCAUAAGCAAAACUAGUAAUGGGCUCACAGGUGGUGGUGGUGUUAGAGCAGGCAGCACUUCUUCCAGCAGUGGCCUCUGAACCUUCUUGUUGCUUGCUUGUUUCUUUGUGUCAAUAUUCUGCCAGAAUGAGUUAGGAAUGAAAUCCCAUAACAUUUGAGUCUGAAGAUCUCCAAUUGCAGGAUGUGCAAUUGGAGACUCUGGCGCUUGAUCUACAUUCGUAAUUAACCAUGUCAUUUAUUUAUUUUUAUUUUUUAAUGUAUCAGUAUAUGGAUUUUA